AUGAACUUCACGAACAUCAAUGAUCCUGCAGGUAUCAAAGCUCUGCUCGACCAAUUGAGGUCGUCACAGGCCUGGCAGCAGAGCAUUGGCGGUGGCGCUGACCUCAAUGGCGUAGCCAAGAAUCCACCACCGACCUCGACCACACCCCAGGGUACACCGCCGACUUCAACAACACCUCAGGCUACACCACCCCUCACGCAACCACCUGCCACCACAAACGAUGCGUCCAAGUCGUCGUCCCUGGUGGCUGACCUACUUUCCCAACUUAAUUCAUCCGAACCUAAAACUCUAUCAAGGCCCUCACAACCUUCGACAUCACGUUUUACUACGCAACAGACUCCCCUACAAAUUUCACAAGCGGUUAGUCACCGUCCUAUCCCUCAGCCUCCAGCAGCGUCGGUUCAUCAGAGCACCAAUGCUCUUACGCAUGGGCAAGACCUUCGCAUGAUGUCAUUUCAGCAGGCCUUGCCCCGUCUCACACAACUAGCAGAAAGUGCAGAUUUCGUUGCUGCUGUAUCCCAUUUACGAAAAGAGCAGAAUGACCUGGAGAGACAGUUGUGGGAAGAACGACUUACUAUACAUAGAAAACACGAGAAUAAAGUCAAGGUUACGCAGACCAAAGCCGCUUUGAUUGGCGGAGGAAUAUCCCAACAUGAGGCAGAUAUGCUAAACGAUGCAUUUCGCAAAGAGCUGCAAAAAUUUGAUGCAGAACGCGUGCUUUUCGCAUGGGACGGUCUCUUGCAGAAGCAGCAGUCCACGCUCGAAGGCCUCGGAGUACCAACUAUGUUCCCUUCUGAUUUGCGGGUCGAUAGAGAGAAACAACAGAGAGUAAUUCAAGUCUUGGAAGGCAUAGUGGGGUAA